AUGGCCCCCGCGGUUGGUAUCGAUCUUGGUACGACCUACUCUUGUGUAGGCAUCUUCCGAGAUGAUCGUUGCGACAUUAUUGCCAACGAUCAGGGUAACCGUACCACUCCCUCUUUUGUCGCUUUCACCGACACUGAGCGUCUCAUCGGAGAUGCGGCGAAGAACCAGGUCGCCAUGAACCCCAAGAACACAGUCUUCGACGCCAAGCGUCUCAUUGGACGAAAGUUCGCGGACCCUGAGGUCCAGGCUGACAUGAAGCACUUCUCCUUCACUGUCAAGGACGACAAGAGCGGCAAGCCCGUCGUCGAGGUCGAGUUCAAGGGCGAGACCAAGCAGUUCAGCCCCGAGGAGAUUUCUGCCAUGAUUCUCACCAAGAUGCGAGAGACUGCUGAGAGCUAUCUCGGCACCACCGUGACCAACGCCGUCAUCACGGUCCCCGCCUACUUCAACGAUUCUCAGCGUCAGGCUACCAAGGACGCCGGUCUCAUUGCCGGUCUCAACGUUCUCCGUAUCAUCAACGAACCCACCGCCGCUGCCAUCGCCUACGGCCUCGACAAGAAGCACGAGGGUGAGCGCAACGUCCUCAUUUUCGAUCUUGGUGGUGGUACUUUCGAUGUCUCCCUCCUCACCAUUGAGGAUGGUAUCUUUGAGGUCAAGGCUACCGCUGGUGAUACUCACCUUGGUGGUGAAGAUAUGGACAACCGCCUGGUGCAGCACUUCAUCAACGAGUUCAAGCGCAAGCACAAGAAGGAUCUUUCCUCCAACGCCCGUGCGCUCCGCCGCCUCCGCACCGCUUGUGAGCGUGCCAAGCGAACCCUCUCUUCGUCUGCCCAGACCUCCAUCGAGAUCGACUCUCUCUUCGAGGGCAUCGAUUUCUACACCUCCAUCACCCGUGCCCGUUUCGAGGAGCUCUGCCAGGACCUCUUCCGAUCCACCCUUCAGCCCGUCGACCGCGUCCUCGCCGACGCCAAGAUCGACAAGUCCCAGGUCCACGACAUCGUCCUCGUCGGUGGCUCCACCCGUAUCCCCCGUGUCCAGAAGCUCAUCUCGGACUACUUCAACGGCAAGGAACCCAACAAGUCCAUCAACCCCGAUGAGGCUGUUGCCUACGGUGCUGCCGUCCAGGCCGCCAUUCUUUCCGGCGACACCUCCAACAAGACCACCAACGAGAUCCUGCUUCUCGACGUCGCCCCGCUCUCUCUCGGUAUCGAGACUGCUGGUGGUAUGAUGACCAAGCUCAUUCCCCGCAACACCACCAUUCCCACCAAGAAGUCCGAGAUCUUCUCGACCUUCUCCGACAACCAGCCCGGUGUGCUCAUCCAGGUCUAUGAGGGUGAGCGCCAGCGCACCAAGGACAACAACCUUCUCGGCAAGUUCGAGCUUACUGGUAUCCCCCCCGCGCCCCGUGGUGUUCCCCAGAUUGAGGUCACCUUCGACAUGGACGCUUCCGGUAUCAUGAACGUCUCCGCCGUCGAGAAGGGCACCGGCAAGUCCAACAAGAUUGUCAUCACCAACGACAAGGGCCGUCUGUCCAAGGAGGAGAUCGAGCGCAUGCUUGCCGAGGCCGAGAAGUACAAGGAGGAGGAUGAGGCCGAGGCCCGCCGUGUCGCUGCCAAGAACGGCCUCGAGUCGUACGCCUACUCUCUUCGCAACACUCUCAGCGAUGAGAAGGUUGACGAGAAGCUCGACGCCUCCGACAAGGAGAAGCUCAAGGCCGAGAUUGACAAGAUCGUCGCCUGGCUCGAUGACAACCAGCAGGCUACCCGCGAGGAGUACGAGGAGCGCCAGAAGGAGCUCGAGGGUGUUGCCAACCCCAUCAUGAUGAAGUUCUACGGUGCUGGUGGCGCCGGUGGCAUGCCUGGCGGUAUGCCCGGCGGUCCCGGUGGCUUCCCCGGUGCUGGUGGCCCCGCUGGUGGUGCCGGCCACGAUGACGGCCCCACCGUCGAGGAGGUCGACUAA